AUGGAUUCCUUGCCUUAUGAACUUCUCGAAAUCAUUGUCGACGAGCUAUCGCUAUUUCAUCGCAGUGACCUGCUUCGUAUCCGAGCAGUGAACAAGACAUUCUGUGCACUGGCCACGCCACGCGUGUUUGCAUGUCUCCACACUACAGGUACCGCCAAGGAUGCUAUCGCGAUCUGGAGAGUAGUGCGACGCACACCGUUAGCAGAAUGCGUCAAAUCAUUCUUUUUUUUGGCGAUCAACGUAGACACAGUGAGGGUUCUUACCGGCUCGAUGUGCUUUCUGGAAGAUUGGAGCCAGUUAUACAGACUCAAGUAUUUGGCGAUAGCGUUUUACUGUCUUCACCGUCUUACGGCCCUGGAGAGCUUGAAGUUGGCAUUCUACGGGUGCAAUGCGCACGAUGGUCCCGAUACGCAGUCGCAAGUACAACGGACCAUUCUUUCCACAAUAUUAAGACAACCACCCUUGCCUCGUCUCAAAAAACUCCACAUUGUGAAUAUGGCUCCGUUCCAUGACCCGAUGUUUGACCUCCCUUCCUUCCGGAAUCUCUUCAUUUCGCUGGAGUCUCUGUGUAUCAUGACUCAUCAUGGACGCUCGCCACAACGUCGUUUUCGAGACUCUUUUGUCAAGUUCUGGCAGCACGCUAUCCAGCGUCAAGUCUUCAACACCCUCGCAUCUCACCCGCAAUCUCUCACGCAGCUCAUACUUCACAGUGACAUAGAUGUUGGCAUUGUCACCACGAUCGAUUUUUCGCAGUUGUACUUCCCAGCGCUUAGGCGUGUGUCGCUGAAUGGGUUCUUGUUCAAUGAGGAGACCCACGUCGAGGAAUUCAUCGUGGGCCAAAGGCACACGCUCCGGAAGCUAAGCGUCAGUAAUUGCAACAUCGCGAUUCACGAUCCAAUCCAUGGGCCACCUCGCUUCUGGUCACAAAUAUACACUCGCUUUGCGGAUGCGCUGGAGGGAUUGGCGAAUGGAAUUCACGAUACCAUUUUUCGUAACAGAUACGCGGAGCUAAACCUCCAGAGUGGAUAUUCAUAUGAUGUCGUUGCACUUAUCAGGGACGAGGAUGAAGAGGCUCUGACGAUGUUCAACGCUCGGAUUGCAUCGACAUCUAAACACGUUUCCCUUCAUACUCAUCGCACGUAG